CCACAUCACCGCUGGCAAUUACGGAAGGUACAGACAGCGACAACGGUGUGCACCUGCCACAGUCACACAACGACCAACGGCACCAGCAACAACAACAGCAUACUCACCAACAUACGAAGCACACAGGCGCACUCGCGGUGUCAAACGGUCACCAUAAACACGAUCCGAAUGGGAGAGUGCCGGAGUUACGGAGCUCAGCGAACCACGAGAACUAUCCUGUGCGAGGGACGGAUAGAGGUGAGCCAGCGGGCAAUACAAAUAGUAGGCAGAACAACAGCAAUAGCAAUAGUAACACGUACGCCAGUGGUAGCAGCAAGCGGAUGAGCAAUAUAGUGGGUGCUAAUAACGGGAGAGUAAACGAGAAUGCGAUGGCUACGCAUAGCGGAGAGAAUGCGGUAGUGCAAGUAAGCGCCCCCGACGGUGGUCAUUCCGCACCCGGACCACAUAACGGGACCGGUCCGAACUCAAUGUCUAGGGGUGCUGCGACGAAUGGAUCAGCAAAUAGUACACAUAUGGGCACUGUUACAACCGGCAGUGGCAACAACAACACGGCCAUGGGGAAUCAACACACGGUCACACGCCCCCAAGGUAGUACACACGCUACAGCUCAGUGGAACGCCGCCUUGAGUACGACUGGCUGUAAUGGUGUGAACAAUAACGCAAAUACAGGCGGGGGUAUACGCGCACGCACCUAUCCGUCUGGGAAUGCUUCGCCGAGUGUAGGUAGCGCGAAUGCAGGGAUGGCUGCGAACGCUAGUCCGGGUAUGAGGCCGGUCAACGGUGUACAGGCUGCAGGGGUGGAGGGUAGGGAUUCCAGGGGUGUGGGUGUGGGUGUGGGUGUGGGUGUGGGUGUGGGUGUGGGUGUGGGUGUGGGUGUGGGUGUGGGUGUGGGUGUGGGUGUGGGUGUGGGUGUGGGUGUAGCUACUGCAACACAUCAGCGGCAAUAG